UUCUAUUCAAGAUUUGACAAAUUCUUUUGCUUUUACUCAAGACUGGUUUUCGUUAAAAGUUGAGAAAUUUCCUGACGGCCUAAUAUGUAAAAAGAGUUCCCAAAAACCUUCUUUAUCUCUCAACAUAGGAUCUUUAGAAAAAUUAUCGAAUCCACAUAAACCUCCACUUGUUCCCGCAACUACACAUCCCCUUAAUCAUCAGAUUACAUUGUCACCUAUAACACCUACAUUCUUUAGAAAAUUUAACAGUAACGUUUUACAUAUUACAAAACGAAAAAAUGAUAGUGAACAGAUUAUAUCCGUUCAAACACAAGAUAAAGAUAUAGAUUUAACAAAAUGCUAUAGCCCAUUAGAUCUAAGUAUAACUGAGGUAAUGCGUAGAGAAAAAGAUCGAAAAGAACCAGAAAAGAAAAAAGUUAUUGUGCAUAUGAUCAAACCUUUUGAUACUUUAGCUGGUAUUGCCCUGUCUUAUGGAAUAGAG